AUGGUCUACGCACCACAACGGCGUCAUGCCGUUGGCUCGAUGUCCACCACGCUCCAGGCGCUUGCACUGAUGCAGCACCUGUACAGUCCCAACACCAUUGUACUCAUCUGCCGCGUCGUUGCUCAAAUAAACAUUCGUGCACCCGCAGCAAUCCAACCCACUCGUUCCCUCUUUGCACUCUUCUUCCUCGUCGCGAGCACCAACCUUGCCGCUGUCUUGUUCCAUCUUUUGGACUUUGCAGGUGGCCAGAACGGCGCGGCCGGCCUGGUCCUCGACUUUGUGGGGCAGACGAACCCAGCGUCCCUCACACGCAUUCUUCUUAUCGACUUGGGCAUCUUCAUUCUUCAGCUCGUCACGGUCGUCGUCUCAUACGUCACCAACUAUGGUCCCACGGUCCCCAAGUCGGAGCUCUUCCCUUACGAUGACCUCCUCCUUGCCCCGGCAGCGGCACCAAGAGCACUCACAGAGGGUGACCUGGACGUCGAAUCUGGCGACCAGCUUCGUCAGCGUAGAUACGGCAAGGGCCCGCGUUAUCACGGCGUGUCGUCGGAUGCGACCGAGCUGUGGCUCGAAGAGGAGGACGAAGACGAGGGAACAACAGGCGCGGCCACACGACCUCGAGUUUUCCAUGCCGUGUCGACACUUCGUGGAAGGCGUGCUGGAGGUGUGCCCAUGAUCUUCAGCCUGUCGCUGUCCCACCUCGUCAACCUCAUCUUCCGCUUGCCAGCACCGAACCCUCCACGAUCGUUCUCCGGAGGCACCCCACUCAACACCCCGCCAGUAACACCCCGGGCAGCCGCCCAGCAGGCCAGCCUCAACACGCUCGUAACUGCAUUGGCAGAAGCGCAGGGACGUGCCGAGACGACACGGAACACGAGUGUACAGCGCUUGGCAGCCAGCAACGCAGUCAUCACUGGUGCCGUUGACCCAAGGCCUGCCGAGGAAGGCGUUGCCGGGACAACACCGCGCAACGCCACCAACACUGAGGAUGAGAGGCAGCGCAUUCCUGGUGACUACUGGACAUCUAGAGCAUGA